CAGAAGGCGCCGGCGCCGCCAGCGGAGCCGCAACCUGCCGCGGACCUGACGUCGAAGGAGGAGGCUUCGCUGGACAUGGCCGAGCAGAAGGCGCCGGCGCCGCCAGCGGAGCCGCAACCUGCUGCUGACCUGACGAAGAAGGAGGAGGUCGUGCUGGGCACGGGCGAGCAGAAGAGCUUCACGCGUGCGUGCUCGGGCGGGUCGGAGCCGGCGCCAGCGCCGCCAGCGCCAGCGCCGGCGCCGUCAGCAGAUCCGCAACCUGCCGUCGACUUGACGUCGGUGGCGCCAGCGCCUCCAGCGGAACUGCAACUUGCCGUCGACCUGACGUCGAAGGAAGAGGAUGCGCUGAACAUAGCCAGGCAAAGGAGCUGCAUUCGGGUGUGUACGUCGUCGGCGGCGGAAUCGAUUUGCAGCGUGCAGUGA